UCUUUAAUUAUAGAUGUUGACCUUACUCUGCUCUCCGCUUGAACAAUACAAGAAGUUCAAAGAAGAUCCCCAAAUAAAUACCGUUCUUUUCCGAUCUCUAUUCUAUACCGAGGGUUUGCCAUCUUUCAUCUCCCCAUCUCACCGACGUCGUCCACCACUCCACCUCUCUUCUUCUCAGCAUCUCGACUUCAGAAGCUUGCAAUGAAGAGGAUUGAAAACUCAAAAUUCCGUCAAAUAGCAUAUGCAAAGCGCAAGGAUGGAAUUGUUAAGAAGACCAACGAAUUGUCAAUUUUGUGUGACACAGAUGUUGCCCUUAUAAUGUUUUCACCUACUGGCUGUUUAACUACUUUUCCUAGCAAUGGAAGGGUUGAGGAUACCUUUCUCCGUUUUGUUGAUCGUCCUGACGAACAAAGAGGAGGACCUAUUCGGAAUGAAGAGUAUUUGUCUCGUAGGCUCAAGCAGUUGAAGGUCGAAAGAGAAACUCUGGAAAGAGUUGUAAAGUAUUUCUAUCCCUCUUCUAUUUCUCCCUCCCUGUGCAUGUCUGUUUUGGUACAUACUAGUAUGAUUGUAGUUGGCUCUUUUCUUGCGAGUGUCUGUUCAUGUGUAGAUACAUCUGUUCUCAAAUUUGUAAUUGUAGCACUAACUUUUUCCCCCGACAUUUUUCUAAUGAGACCUUUUUUUGUAUAAUAUGAACGAUUCACUUCGUGAUGAUUGAUCGACUUCAGUAUUGAGGUAACUUUCUUACCUUUCACUUUUAAACGACUUCUCUGCCAAUCAAAAAUGAUCUGGACUCAACCUUAAAUCUGGAAGUUUGGAAAUUGACGACUUAAAAACAUAUGAAGAAUGUACGGAAGAACCUGUAGUUAGUACAAAAUUUAUUCUUAACAAUUGAAUCAAAUUUGUUGAAGUUGAAUAUCAAACAUUGUUCAGAAUGAGUAAAUCUAGGUUGUCGCAUUGUUAUUUAUUCAGUUAAAGUAAUUCUAUUAGAUUAUAUACAUUGUUCAGAAUGAGUAAAGCUAUUGGAAUGGAAAAUUUUAUUUAUUCAACUAAAUUAAUUUCAUAACACACCACGGUCAUGCCAUCGAGUGGAUGCUGCGUGCCUAAAAUGUUCACAAAACCUUGCUUUCUCGUGCUUUAUCCAAUACUACCUUGAAUCGUCUUAUCUAAAAGCCUAACAUAUUAAAGAGACAAAGAGAUGACACAUUUAUUUAUUUAAAUAUUGUCUUUAAGAAAUCCAUUAGAGAGCUUUAGAUUGAUGAUUCAU